AAUGCAAUGCAUCUGCAUACCAGUAAUUGAUUACACUCGAGUGCUGGAUUAAUGGAAGCUCCAGCCCCGAUCAUGAUUAAUUGCAAAUUCAUUUUGAAUACGUUGAGCAUCAAUCACGAAAUUCCAAAUACGCCCCAUCGAAACAGCCCAUUAAAAGUAACCGCUCAUAAUGAUAAUCUUUAAAACUAAACGCCCGCACUGUCGCGUCAAAUGUAUCUGCAUUCAGCAGAAAAAUGGCAUUUUUAAUCUUUUUUUGUACUGACUAGCUCAUCAUAUUUUCCAUAGUCAGGCUUUAUUUGUCAAGUGCGCAAUUACUUAUAGCUUUUUUUUAUAUUUUUUUUUAUUUUUUUGCCAAGCGCCAACGCCAAGUGGCGGCAGCUGGGAGUUGCCAAUUUCCAGUUGGCAGUUAUCAACUGUGCAUAAUCAUACCAAUUGCAAUUGCAGUGUAGCUGGCGUAUGACGUUCGUCGCAGCAGCAAUUAACAAUUUUUAACCUUGUUGUGCAUGAUGCAUGAGGCUGUGAGAGCACGCCGAUCCUCCCAUGAUCCGCCGGCGAUGAUGUUGACGAUGAUGAUCAUAGCGAGUGGAGGUGAAGAUGGUGACGCUGAGAUGCAGAUGCUGGCGCAUAAAAAGCUGCUAAAUGUUUUCGAGUGCUCUUCUAUUUCGCAAUUAAAUCGAUUUCAGUUUCGAUGCAUUCCGUGUUUGCAAAUUGCGAGACAUCAUCGACCUCAAUUUGCAUAAUCGAUUGGUGAUUGCGGCGACUGGCUGACUGACUGUCGUUAGGUAUUAUUAAUUAUGAAAGUGUAUUCGACUUUCAGUGAUGGCCCCACGGAGACUAUCUUAAUUUAUAGAUCGUUGCUGCAAUCCGAUAUUCUCGUUAGCAUUUAGCGCGACUUCACAAAUCUGCGACUGCAAAUGGAUCUGUGCAUUUCGCAAGUGCAUUUUCCAUAAUCUGUAAUGGCGUUCAGCACUCGGCCCGUUUAAUUACUCAUUUAAAAUUAACACAAGUUCCCCAAGAGCUUGCUCAAAUGCCUCGCAUAACAUUUACCCUGUUACCCACUGCAACUGCAGUCGCAGCAGCAACAUCACAAGUGCAAUCAGAGGAGCGUGACUUCGCUGUUUGAUUGUUGCUGCAAAAGUGAAGGUUGAAAAAGCUGGAAAGGCGACAAUUAAUGCUCUGAUAAAGCCAAAGAAAGAUGCAACACGAGCAGCAGCAGCAUUGGAUGCAGCAAAUGCCGCAGCAGCAACAUGCAACAGCAGCAAUUUUCAGCCGCAAGUGCAACAUCUGCCACAGUCGCCGCGCGAAUUUCCGUUAAUAAUGUUGUCAAAGCGUUCCGAUGCGUUGAUAAGCGCUUUCGUUUUGACGCUCUAUUAUGUGGGCGUGGCCGAUGGGAACGACGCAUCCGACUUUGUGACAAUGGGCGAUCUGCGGAGGAGCAGGCGUGGCCAGUCGCAUUUCUCGCGUCCCGGUGGCAUGAUAAUGGAGGGCAUUGGAUUCCAGUACAGCAUGCGAUAUCAGCCGGGAUUCCACCUCCACAAAUUGGCCCAACAGCAGGCGGAGGACGGGGGAAUGGGCGGUAUGGAAAAUCCAGCUGAGACGGAAGCACCAAUGCCCAUGCCCACACCCGGAACACCACCACCUGAACCAGCUCCCCCCGAGCCGGAGGAACCAGAGCCCACGAUACCCAUGCGUCCGACGACCAUUCCAGUGGAGGAACCUUCACCACAACCACCCACAAUGAUGAUGACCACUCCGAGUGGUUCGCCAGAGAUGCAGCCCAGUUCUAAGCCGAAGCCCACUGGGAAGCCCUCGAUGAGCCCGCCAGUGCCGACGCCACCAUCCAGCACCAAGAGCUCCAUAAUGCAGCCCCAUCAGACCCUGAAGAACAUCCUCUUCGGCUCGCCCAUCGAGGCGAAUCUCAUCCUGAAGAAACCCAAUGCACCGCGCUCGAAGGGCAAGGGCUUCCUCAGUCUGUUCGAGGUGAUCAAGUUCCCCAACACGAAGUGCAUCGUGUCCAUGGGCGACAUCCGGAGCAUGGAGGGCGUCUGCUACCACGAGUUCGAGUGCAAGAGUCUCGGUGGGAUUCCCACCGAGAGCUGUGCCGAGGGCGUGGGCGUCUGCUGUGUGUUCGUCAAUGGAUGUGGCGAUGUCACCAGCCAGCAGAUCCUCUACUUCGAGAGCCCCAACUAUCCAAAUGCUGUGCGCGAAAUGAUGAUCUGCGUCCUAAUCAUCAAUGUGAAGAAGGGAGUGCAGCAAUUGCGGCUGGAUUUUCAGAUGUUCGAGCUAAGUCGCCCCAGCAAUGGUGAUUGUGUAGACGAUCAAUUUAUAGUCUCCGGCCACAAUACCAAUUUCCAGAUACCCAUACUGUGUGGCAUCAACACGGGCCAGCAUAUUUAUAUCCAUGUUAAUGACUCAAACGAGGGCAAAGUGUAUCUCUCGGUGUUUAUGAAGGUCUCGGGAGGAGGACGUUCCUUCAAUAUAAAAGUCACUCAGGUGAACGACAAUCUGGCUCCCAAUAAUUGCCUGCAAUAUUUCCCCGAAGCUGAGGGCGUAAUAAAGUCAUUCAACUAUGAUACGGAUGGCUCAAUUGUGGAUAACCGAGAGGCUACCUAUUUUAACAAUUUGAACUAUGCCAUAUGCCUGUCCCGAUUGAAAAACGUGUGCAGUGUGGCUUAUAAUACCGAACAACUUGGCGGUGAUCAACCCGACUUUCAAAUCAUCAACAAAGAUGAAGGCGAGAACGAUUUGAUCUCCGAUGGCCAGGCGGGAGCUGGCAUCUUCAACUGUCCGGACGACUUCAUAGCCAUCAACUCCGUUCCACUUUGCGGUGAGCGGUUCAACGAUGGCCGGGAGAGCGACGACUAUACCAUCCAUGCCACCGUCAGGGAUACCGCCGCCGGUCCCAUCAUCCUGCCCUUCCGAACCGAUGCCGAGUAUGUGGGUCGCGGCUUUCGCCUGCUCUACAGACAGGAACUGUGUGCCUGAGAUCCCGCUGCGAUGUGCAUGUCGAUCACUGGUUCACAAGAUGCAUAUGUUCCGACGUCUUUGGGUCUGACUUCAAUACUCCGUUGUUUUGGGUUAGAUGCACAGUGGGAAAACUAAUUGUUUUUCAUUUUCUGUGAGAUAACUUAUAUGUUCAACAUAGUUUCAAAUGAUAGUUAAUGGAGUGUUCUAAAACACUUUUCAAAUUUUAUAUUUAUUGGAUUUAAUAUGUCUAUUUAUACCUAGAAAAGUCUAGCCUCAUUCAGAUUAAAGUGACUUGGCAAACAUUAAGGUGUCUCUAGUGAGAAAUACAUUUUUUCUCAGUGCACAUAUGGAAUUUAGCACGCUUUGGUCAACUGGAGGGCAUCUGAGUUGGCAACUUCGGAUUAGGAUUGCGCGAUGCGGUGCUGGGUCGAUGGGAACGACAGUUUCCGUUCCCGUUCCCAGUGCUGCCCCCGUGUUAAUGUGUUUUGUGUGAUUCGAAGCGAUUUGGUGGCUUAGUCUUGGCGCCGCCCACCCACCGACUGGGCGGUCCGCGGGUUCGUAGUUCACACACCAUCCGAGCCACCAAAACGCAAGGGACCCGAUGAAGUCGAUUGGUGUUGGUGUUUGUUGACAGGUUUAUUUUAAAUUUUCACGUCUCGCCAGGGCCAGUAUAUAUGUAUCCGAAAGAUACUAUGACGAAAUCUAUAACUCGCCGCAUCGCCAUCG